UGCAUAUAUACCAUAGAUAAAUUUUUUGUCUAUGUUGUUUGUAAACAUUUAAACCAAUAAGAAUAUUUCUCAUCGUGAUUUAAACAGGAUUGUGAUUGAAUAUAAAAUGUAAAAUUUUUCUGUAUACGACCAUAAGCAUAAUAAUUAAUAUGUUGCAUAUGACUGAAAAGCAAUUGUUUUUUUGUCAUACCAAUGAUUCAAAUCAUUACAUUAAGUUCUUGUCUGGAAAUUUCGUUGGGAAUAAUGAAGUCCUUGUGUUAGGAAACAGAAAGUUUAUGAUAAGUGUUCUUCUAGAAGAAGUUAUACUCAUUUCAAAAUAUAUAAGGAAGCAAUGGAUUUUCAUUCAGAAUUUGGUAUUACUAGAUAGUAAUCCAGCAUUCAAAGAUGUAGUUCAAGCUAGGUUGGAUGUGAAUGAUGGAUUAAAAGCCAUACACCAAUUCACUUAUAAUCUAAUAGAGCCUACAAAACGGAAAAAUAUUAUAGAAGCUAUUGAUUCAAUAUCAGUUUCAAUACUUUCCCUUGAGACAUUUGAAGAAAAAGUUUUGAUGAAGCUAUGUUAUUCAACAAAACAAAGUGUGAAUUGCCCAAUAUUUGAAUAUUUUCAUUGUUUUUUGGAUAUACAAUUGUACAUUUUAUCGAUAAGAAUAAAAUGUGACUGCUCCAAAAAUGUUAUUGAAGAAAACAUAACACAAAUCAUUAGGAAUUUGGUUCUUUUAACUAGAAAAUAUUUCGUCAAAGAAUUUGGUAUUGAAAAUUCUUCUUUUUUAUGUCCCUGUGUUGAGAAUUUUUGGAAGGUGUUAUACAUAAUUUUGGUGGAGAAAUUCAAUUCUGACAUAUUUUGGGAGAAGGUCAAAGCUGUUUUAGAAGAAGAUGAUGCUUUAUUCAGUUUAUGGCUUCUAAAGGAUUUAGUCAACAUAAAUUUUCCCCAAAUUGAUGGAAAAAUAUUUGAACAGAUGGUUAUGCCAAAUUUGGAUUUUUUAAGAGAUAAAUUAAUUAAUUCUUUGAACACAGCAUGUGAUAUUUCAAAACAUUUGAAAAUACUCUAUAAAUUGAACAAUAAAAUAUGGCCUAAUGAUAAAAAACUUGAAUUGUUAUUGAUAAUCUGGGACUACUUCAGUAAACGGCUAAAUAUUUCAUCAAAAUAUAAAUCUGGUAUGUACAUUAAUUGUAUUGAGUUCACAGAACAUUUGGAUAUCAUUAUAUUUAGUCCAAGGGAUUGUGAAGACGAGUUUGAAAUUUUUAUUGGUUUACUCAACGACUAUUUGUCUCGGCAACCAAGUCACUGGGGUAAAGUUAAAUGUAGAAUAUUUUCACAACUAAGUCCUUUCAAAAUUGGAAAUUUAGAUGAAGUUGGGAUAUGUAGAGUCUUUCAGUUACUCAUAGGUUUGAUGCAAAUCAAUCAAGAAGAGCUGAGCAAAAGAAUCGCAUCUGUUUUUGGAAUUUUGAAAGAAAAAAUGGUUACCCUCACAAAUCUCAACAUAUAUAUAUCAUUUCUCUUCAGAAUGGUAAGAGAAAAUAGAAGCAUAGAAAAAGUAACUGCACCAUUGGUCAAAGUAUUGCAGGAAGCUUCUGAAAAUCAGAAUAAUUUUCCUAUCAUCAAAGAAUUCUUUAAUGGUUUUUAUCAUAUUGUGAAAUUUAGUAAAUGUAUGCAACUUCACCAAUGGACACUUGUGGAUCAGUGGAUUAUAAAAUAUUUAGCCACAUGCUAUUACUUGGACCUAGAAUCUGCAUUGAAAACUUUACUUUUCUCAGUAAGGAAAAUCAAUUCCGAGGAUUCAUGGUCAUAUUGGGAAGGUCCCCUCAAAAAGAACAUAUAUCCUGUUUUGAAACAAAUUGGUAAUAAUUCAUCUUGUUCUCCUUUGGUGGGAGAACUGGCUGCAGAAAUAAGCAAACAUUCACCUGAUAUACUCAAUGAUGCAUUUGGUUUUUUCACGGCUGAAGCUGUAAAUUACAAAGUGACUGAAAAUUAUCUUUGUACGAUUUUGAAGGAUUAUCCAACAGAAGUUUCCUUAACACAAAUUCAAGAGAAAACUGUUGUUCAAUGUUGGUUAAGAAUAUGCUUGUACUCAACUCAGAACUAUGAAGAAAUAACUUCUAAUGUUUUGAAGUUGGAAAGUAUACCUCUGUGUAUUAAAAAUGGAAUUAAUAAUUUUUCAGAUCCUUUCGUAAAUUUCAUAGAAAUUUUAGGCACUAAUAAAAAUUUAUUUUUGAAUUCACCAGUUUUGAGUAGAUUUUGUGAGAUGUGUUUCGAAAAUCUCGAUCAAAGCUUAAUAAUACAUCUACCUCAAAUAAAGAAUGAAAUGGUCAUUCUUAGAAUAUACACUUGUUUAUCGAUAGCGCUAUUGCAGUGCAAUACUUUAUUAUAUGAUAGGCACAAGACCUCCAGUCCGGCAAUCAAAUUAAUAUCCUGCUUGCUCUUUCCAACAGAGUUUGUGAUGGGUAAAAUUUCUCAUCCUUUUCUGGAUGCAAUUAGAAAAACUUGGCAUUUAUAUUUUGAAGGAGUGCUUAAAUUGGGUCAAAAUGAUGAUUUCUAUGUACAAAGAACAUUACGAGACUUAAUUUCAAAAUAUAUUCCCUAUUACUCAGUGGCAGAGUCUCCAAUUUAUUUAUGCUUAAUUCGAGAGAGUAGUGCUAGAGUCAUAUUAGAAAAGGUCAGUACCAUUUAUUUCAAACAUCCAACAAAAGAAAGUGAGGUGAAUGUAUCAAAAGCUCUUAAAUUAUUGAAUGAAUAUGUGAAAUGCAGUACAUCAAUUAGUUUAUUGAAAAUUGUUGUUAGAGAAACUCUGUUUGGUUUAUGUGAAGUGUAUAUUUUUCAUAGUCAAAGAAACAUGGCACUAAGUAUCAUCAUGUAUAUAGUUACUUGCAAUUUUUAUGAUCAAUUGAAGGAAGAAGUUGUUAAAAGCCUGCUUCUUUUAACUGAAAAACACUUGGCAUUCAAUUCUAAAAUUUAUUUCAACUUAGUUAAUAUUUUGGCAAAAACGAUACCAACUGAAAUUUCAAUUCUAAAGGAAAAUAUUGUAGAAAAAAUUAAAAGUAUUGAAAGGAUAAGGGGAAUAGGUUACGAUGAUAACUUGAGGAGUUAUCUCAACAACUUGAAUGCUUUAUUGAAUUGUUGAAUCCUUCUUUUAGGAGAGUAAAAUUUUGUAAUCGAUUGUUAUAUUUAUUAUAUUUUUGUGUGAUAUAGUAUAUACUGUACAUUUUUUUAUAUGAAUAAAUUUUUUUUUAAAAUAACCCUUUUUUUAGGAUGAGUGCAAUAACAGCUGAA